CGAGCCCGUGGAGAGGGAGGGAGGGAGAACCGUGGAAUGCUGUGACGUCAUCAGCCAGUCACACACACAAAGACGAGGAGGACCCACAGGCUCUCUGACUCUCAGCUCAGUUAGCACACUGUGCUGUGGAGCGGCGGCUCUCUACAUCCCACUAUUUUUCCCCCAAAGAUGGCCUCCAAAAAUCUGAUGUCUUAGCAGGGCGGGGAGCCCAAAAAAGAAAGGAAACAGGGUUUCAAGUGUGUGUGUGACAUUGUGAGAAAAUAUGCAUGCGUUGUGAUUCAUAGAGAAAAGUUUGUGUGGGUUGUUGGUAGGCUAAAGAAGACAAAAAAAUCUAACAGGAUGAGACUAUAAACUGUCACCUCCAGCAGUCGGCCCAUGAGACCCUCUCUUUACUUCUCCCAGUUACAUUAGAUAAAAAAAAAAAAUAUAUAUAUAUAUAUAUAUAUACCCCGCCGCCAAAAUGCUGCAGCAAAUUUUAAAGGACAUGUACAUCGACCCCGACGUUCUGGAAGCUCUGAACGAGGAUCAGAAAAAGACGCUUUUCUUGAAGAUGCGCGAGGAGCAGGUCCGACGCUGGAAAGAGCACGAGGAGAAGCUGGAGAGGGAGGGAGGCGCUGCCCAGUCGAAGGGGACAAAACCAAGAAACGCCAACAGUAAGAGUGUGAGCUGGCUGCUCGGCCGGGAUGGAGACGUUUCAGUCCUUGUAAUCGGAGAAGUGGAUGAGCUGACCUCCAAAUUCAUCAACUCUGCAGCCGUAGACAAGAAGUCACCACCAAGUCUUCAGAACAGCACGCACCACCAAACUACCUUGAAGAGCAUCAUGGUCACACAAGAGGUCAAAAGUGAGUGUCAGCACAUCCCUCAGAAAACACAAGCAGAAGUCUCCUUGAACUUAAAGGAGAAACGUGAGGAAACCAGCACUUUACGCCCUCUGCCGCUCCAGGAACAGGCGUCCGGUCCGACGGAGGUGAAGCCCGUCUCCCAGGCGCCCCUGAGCUCCAGGCCACCCACGAGAAGCAACGCCAUCAUCGUCAGACCGGCUUUUUCAAACCCCAUGCCGGGCUGCAUCAACGCCAGGGCCGACCUCGGAAAUCUCAGACUGGCAUCCUCUACGCCAUCCUCCAGCAGCGCUGUCCAAUUAGAGUCCGCAUCAGCAUCCACCGCUAAAGGCAGCGUGUGCUCUGAGAAGCCCCAGAAGGCCCAAGAUUCACAGGCUGGGAAAGAUAUUGGCGCAUUGGGAAAGUUUCAGAGGGCUGACUCAGCAGAGGCCGGGAAAGCAUUGACUGCAACAGCUUGCACAGGGCGCGGCCGGGUGGCUCAUCUGAUGAAAAACUUCAGUGUUGACAACCCGGGACUGGCCCCAUCCCACGGCCUUAAGCCACCCCUUCCCACAAAGCCUGACCACUUGCGCCUAACAACCACACCCUCCGUCAGGUAAUCCGUUAACAACAAUAGACGCCCUCUCACCCGGGUCCUAGAGUCCUUCUGCUUGAAUUACUGCCACACAAGAUGAUGUAAGAAACCAAAUGAUCUCUGUUGCUCUGUUUCCAAAGCCUAAACAGGCAAAGGUUUAAAUGUAAAGAUUUAUUUUAAUAUCAAAUGCUGCAGUACUGUAAAUGGUCUUUGUGGGAAAGAAAUUCCAAAAACAUUUGAUUGUAUUUGAAUAUUAUGUUUUGAAAGUGGCAAUUCUUUUACCUAUUCCAAAAAAAAUCAACGAUUUUUCAAAAGAUUUUUCUUGGAUGCUUUCCACUUUGUAUGAUGAGGAGCGAUAUUUACAGUUUAACUUAAUUAACACAAUAUAAUGUCGCCGAUUGCGUAAUGUGUUUUGAUCAAUUUAUGACAUUUUCAUUUUCUCCUAGCCACAAACACAAAGGCGGUGGUAUUUUCCUCUUGGUUUAUGUCUGUUUCAACAAAAGAGAAGGCCUGGGAAGGUACGGAGGGGUGAAAGCAGGUACAGAAGGGUCCUCCCUCACCUUACCGUCUCCUCCCAGAGGAUACUGUUGGCUUGUUUAUUUGUCACACUGCAAUGUAUGUCUCCCUCCGCCACCUGGCAGGAGUCUCACUGCGACUUGUUGUGGACCAAUGACAGUGCCAAACGCACACUCAUCUGUCACUCCCAGUGGAUCAAAUCCUGGCAAGUUAGACAGUUGGUGCCAAAUAAUCCAGCUCUGUGCUCUGCUGUUCUUUUUGCCAUGCCUAUUUUUGAGAUGUGAUUGGUUGCCGUUGUUGUUUUUAUCUUUUCUAUAUGGAUGCACAUUUUGUAAUGGGGAAUUUGAUAUUAGUACAAUGCUGUUUUUAAAUAUGAGGUAUGUCAAAAUCUCUGAUGUAAAGGUUGAAGGGUGCAGUUCAAUAAAUAUAAUGUUUAAAUCACA